GGAAAAACCAAAUUCCAGAGACAAACUGACAAAACCUCUCUCUUCCCCCCUAGAACGAAAGUCGAUUGAUUUUGCUUUUCUUUCAUGGCGCGAUUCCUCUCUGUUCUCCAUUUGUUUUGGAUCCUCUUUUCUUGUAAUCGAGGUUUCGCUGCUGCUAAUGGCGAUGCUGUGGAAGGCAAUCUCACCGGACAUCCGUUAACGCCCAUCAAUCACGAUCUCUACCAUUCCAGUAGUGAUUUGAUGGAGCAAAUAACAACUUUGGUCCAUCGUCAUCCAGAUAAACUAUCUGUAAACACCUUUAAAACUGGAAAUAAAGGUUAUAAUGCAGAGAUUACAGUAGUUACAUAUUGCCAGAGUGGGAGGGAAUCUGAUGACAGAUCAAAGUUUCGGAUCCUCCUUAGUUUUGGGCAGCAUGGAAGGGAGCUCAUUACAUCUGAGCUUGCCUUGAGGAUGCUGUCAAUCUUAAGCGAAGAACAGUUUCUCCCGAACAUGGAUCCAUCUUCCUUAAACAUGACUCUCGACAAUCUGGUCAUUAAGGUGGUGGCAAUGGAAAAUCUAAAUGGUCGCAAAAUUGUCGAAGUGGGAGAUUUUUGUGAGAGGAGAAAUGGAAGGGGAGUUGAUCUUAAUCGUAAUUGGGGUGUAGACUGGGGCAAAAAGGAAAAGGAUUAUGAUCCAUAUGAAGAGAAUCCUGGAACUGCUCCUUUUAGUGAGCCUGAAACACAAAUUAUGCGGAAACUUGCCUUAUCAUUUGAUCCUCACAUUUGGGUUAACGUGCACUCUGGAAUGGAGGCUUUGUUUAUGCCAUAUGACCACAAGAACACUACCCCCGAAGGACUGCCUUCACAGCGGAUGAGGUUUUUACUGGAUGAGCUGAACCAAGUUCAUUGUCAUAAGCGUUGCAUGAUUGGGUCCGGUGGAGGCUCCGUCGGGUAUCUGGCACAUGGGACUGCAACAGAUUACAUGUAUGAUGUGAUCGGGGUGCCCAUGGCUUUCACUUUUGAGAUCUAUGGAGACAGCACGGCCUCAUCAAAGGACUGCUUUAAGAUGUUCAAUCCUGUUGACCUUUCCACUUUCAAUAGAGUUCUGAAUGAGUGGUCAGCUGCUUUUUUCACAAUUUUUAAGUUGGGACCACACCAACUGGAUGAAACACGACCGAAGAACUUCGCAUCCAAUUUGGACAAAUCGAUACCCAUCGAUGAAUAUCUUGAUGGCUACUUAAUGGAGAGGAGUAGUAGAUAUGGAAAGAAGAUGGAGGUUCUUGACCUUGGAAUGCAAGAGAUAAGAACGUAUUUCAGGUUGUUUUUGUUAUCUUCAGUUUUGUUGAUGUUCAUGUUCUGUUCAAAAAUUUCAAAAAGCAAGGGUAGACCAACUGUUCCAGCAAUGCCUCUCUGACGAAUUUUAUCCUGAAGAAAGGCAUACAAGAGAUUUUAGUUACAUUCUUUUGAAAGAAUUGCUCGUUCAUGUAUUUUUUAGCCCACGGUGUAAAAUAGAUUUCCUUUUUAGUUAUAGACCUGCAUAUAUUUCAAUCGUUUAAGACCCCAAUGACAUUUGAUAUUCUGGAGUCAUUAUUUUUCAAUUUUUUUUACAUAAAUUUAACCGAUAAA